CGCUGGUUUGACCGACACGCACGAUAGAUGAGGUUUGGGCCCACAGAAACUCCAUUCUCUCACAAUUUUGAAAAUUUGAGCAGCUGAAGGCAAGGCAAAUCCCCCAACAUAAUGUGUAUUUCCAACCAAGCAGAAUUUCAAGUGAUGGAGGCAGUGGUCGACAACCGACGACGAGCCAGUGCUUCCGACGGAAUCAAGAGCGAGAAGUCGACAGAAAAGCACAUCAACAGACGUGCCAGCUAUGGUGCUGCCGAAGAGAGGAAGGCAAGAAAGAAGAACCUACACCGAAGAGUGAGUUUCUCUGAUGAUAUCUCAGAGCCAUCAGAGAGUUCCUAUCAGUUGAGCAAAUCACGAAAGCGAGCCAUGUGGUACGACAAGUGGGAGAUGGCAGAAAUCCAAGACAACCUCUGGUAUUUGAUUGAAAACGAGGUCGAUCUUGAAAAGGAAGACGAAUCCAUGCGAGGACUCGAGCUUUACAUGGACAAUGAGCGGUCCACUCAGUCCGAGGAAUCCAACCAGUUCAUGUUGCAGAUUCUCCGUCGGGUUCGCAAGGCAGGCCUGGACGAGUCGUUCGAUAUUGAAUCACUUGCAACCUCCGUCAACGAGGAGGCGAUCAAAACUGGUGAUAUGCAAGCAGCACAAGACUCAGCCGAAGCCUACAUGAUCUAUCUUGAAACCAUGUCUCCAGAGACAGUCAACUCCUUCUUCCACAGUCCAUGCGCCGUACCGGUAUGAUGAUGAUUGAGGAAGCAUAGGUUAUUGUACAUAGAACUAAAAGAAUAAAGUACAUCGUUCAAGAU